AUGUCCUGCCAAACAGCGGCAGACUCGAUAGCAACAGGAGUUGUGGGCGUAAGUCUAUUGCUUCUGGUGUACUUUUUAAACCUGUUUGGGUACCUGCAUGUGCAGCGCUGGCCUGAUAGCGCAGUCUACGCGUCCCUCAACGCAAUCGGGAGCGGGCUCUCCGCUGUGGCUAGCGGUCUGAUCAGGUACUGGCCUUUUGUAGUAUUGGAAGGCGUCUGGUGUUUGACGUCUCUUGCAGGACUUGGACGCAUCUUGUACAGACACUGGAAAGGAAACCAUAGCACAGCGAGCGCCGACGGAAGCAACACGAAAGACACAGGUUGA